AUGUCUUUCACCACAGUGAGAUUCAAUGAGCUGUGUGAAGAUGGGGAAGAUGAUAUUGCUCCUGAUUUAGAGUCUGUAAAGGCUUUGGCAGCCCGACUGAAGCUGCAGACCCGUCGACCAUCCUAUCAAGAGUGGGCGCAAAGAGUACAGGCACACCCAUGGGCAAGAAUGAAGACCGUUACCCAGGAAAGCCCCCCUACAAAAAAAAAGAGGGACACCCCUAAAAACAGCGUGUGUGGAUUCGGCUCUAUGGAAGAAGCUUUGGAAUGGCUUAGGAAAGAACUGCGAGAGAUGCAGGCUUUGGACCACCAAUUAGCCCGCCAACUUAUGCUGCUCAGGUCUCGAAUCUCACAACUGAAAAUAGAACAAACCUGUGAGAGACAUAAGGAGAUGUUGGAUAAUGCCACAUUUGACCUAGAGGGCUGUGAUGAGGACUCUGACUUGCUCUGCAACAUCCCUCCACGGGCUGCUUUUUCCCUUUCUACUCCCCUCAAGCACAUUGGAGUCACUAAGAUGAACAUUAACUCUCGAAGAUUCUCCCUGUGCUAA